UAGUAAUUACUAUCCAUUCAUUCCUUCAAACAAAGGUAUCUCUUACUUUCAUGUUACUUAUAACAAAUAAAUAUAUAUUUUUAUUUAAAUUUAGGCUCGUUCGAUCUAUUCGGUAUAACCGGUACGCUGAAAGGAGCAACAAUUGUUUUCUUUGCUUAUGUUGGAUUCGAAUCAGUAGCAACUGCAGCUCAAGAAGCUGAUAAACCAUCACGAACAUUGCCUAUUUCUCUCAUUGGUUCUCUCGUUGUUUCAAUGCUAAUUUAUUUGGGUGUUAGUACUGUUAUGGUUGGACUUGUUCCUUACUAUUUAAUAGAUGAAGAUAAUCCACUGACUGAUGCAAUAAAAGCUACACCAUAUGGUCUUUGGUUAUUGAUUAUUAUGGAUCUAGGUGCUAUUGCAGGUGUCACAACUGUAGCAUUAACAAUUUUACUUUCACAAACUCGUAUAUUUUAUGCUAUGGCUCAUGAUGGUCUGUUGCCACCUAUUUUUGCCAAAAUACAUUCUCGUACUAAGACACCAUGGAUUUCGAUACUCAUUAGUGGUACUGUUUGUGCUGUAAUAGCUGGUAUAUGUCCGGUCGAUAUUCUCGGUGAAACUACUUCAAUGAGUGCCUUAAUUAUAUACUUUUUCGUGCAUGUUGAUGUUAUUGUAAUGCGUUAUACACAUUCUGAUAUGCCAAGAACAUUUCAAGUGCCAUUGGGCAAGUGGCUAAUACCAACAGUGGGAGCUCUCUUGUGUCUCCUACUUUUACUGUAUACACCAAGGGCUACCGGCAUCCGAGGUGCUAUCUAUUUGGGAAUUGCGCAUAUUAUUUAUUUUUCAUAUGGCUUUUGGCAUUCUAAGAGACGACUACGAAUAAGACAAGAAUCAAUAACUGAUCGUACUGUAGAUCUUCCAACAGUAGAAAAUAUAUACAUGGAUGCUAUAUACACUGAUCCUGAAACAAACUCAAUCGAAGAAACCACAGCAUAA